AUGAGUGAUCGCGGAUACUCGUACAAGAGCCACGGCACUAACAGCCAGGGCAACCACUACUGUGCCCGCGACUAUGGUAGCAGCGCCUCCAACUCGAACUCCUACCAUUACUCCAACAGCGACGGCUCGUACUACUACUCCAACCCCAACGGCAGCACCUACUAUAACGACGGUCAGGGUGGCGCAACCUACACCCCGUCCUCGGGUAGCCAGUCCUCUUCGGGCUAUGGAGGCAGCAGCAGCGGCAGCAGCGGCGGUAGUGGCAAGCAGUAG